CUAUCGAGUCCGAGUAUAAGCCGAGACGCUCAUCUUCGUUUCGCAACUAAGGCCGUAAAUUCGAAGACCCCGCGUCAGUGUGACAAUUAGCCACUUUUGUACGGCCGUAUGCAGUUCGCCGGCCCAAUUAUAUAUAAGUAGCGGACUAUAUAAAGCUGCCGUGGACGUCGACACUACCUGGAAUCAUACACAAUAUUCAUCAGGAGUUUCCACGAACGUUUCAUUCCAUCCAAGGCCCUCAUAGCUCAUCUGUCUUUCAUUACCAUCACACAAAGCCGCGUAACCUACACCCUAUUGCACCAGCUUGUCCAUCUGCUCAACUCCCCGUUUCCCACCCGCAUCUCUCCACAUAAUGCCGCCCCUCACCAUCGCAAUCAUAGGCGCCGGCCCCGGUGGCCUCCUCCUCGCCCGCCUCCUCCUCCGCUCCCCACCCCCCAUCUCCGUCUCCAUCUUCGAAGCUGAGGCGUCCGCCACCACUCGCUCGCAGGGCAGCACUCUGGAUCUCCGCCCCGGCGGCGGGCUCAAAGCCAUGCGCGAAGCCGGGCUCUGGGACGAGUUCUGCGCCCACGCGCGCUGGAGCGGCGAAGCGCUUAAAGUCGUCGAUAAGAAGCUCGUCACGUGGCUGAGCCGCAGCGGGGGCAGCCAGACGGAGCCGCGGGAGUGGGGCGCGGCGCCCGAGAUUGAUCGGCGGGUGUUGAGGGACGUGUUGCUGGGGAGUGUGGGCGAGGGGGUUGUGAGGUGGGAGAAAAAGGUUGCGAGUGUUGAGGUGGAUGAUGGGACGGGGAAGGGGGUGGUGAGGUUUGUGGAUGGUGGGGAAGAGGGGGGGUUCGAUCUGGUCGUUGGUGCGGAUGGGUGUUGGAGUAAGGUCAGGGCAGCGGUGUCGGAGGUUAAGCCGGUUUAUUCGGGGGUUGGGGGGUUCUCGUUUUCGAUUUCGGAUUGCGAGAGGAGGGCGCCAGAGGUGUGGAAGCUGGUGGAUGGGGGGAGUGUGUUUGGAUAUUCUGAUAGCAAGGGGUUGAAUGGGCAGGUACUGGGGGAUGGGAGUGUGAGCGUGUCGGCGUGGGGGGUGAGAGGUGAAGACUGGAUGAGGGAACGUGGGUAUGAUGUCUACGAUCUUGAGCAGGCGAGGGAGGGGACGAAGAAGGAGUAUGUAGGGUGGGCGAAAGAGUUGACGAAUAUGCUGGAUGCUGUGGAUGAUGAUGUUGUGCCGAGGUCGCUGUAUAUGCUACCGGUUGAUUUUGCGUGGGAGCACAAGAGGGGGGUCACACUGCUGGGCGAUGCAGCGCAUGUCAUGACCCCAUUUGCGGGGAUUGGAGUUAAUAUGGCGUUGCAAGAUGCGAUGGAGUUGGCUCAUGCUAUCAUUGACGCUGCGAAAGAGACGGGGAAGUCAGUUGGAAAGGAUGUCUUGGACGAGCAGAUGAGGAAGUAUGAGAAAGAGCUAUUUCCCAGAAUGCACGCGGCACAGGAGAUUACGGAUGGCGCGAUGAAAGACAUGUACUUCACAGAGGGAGCACCGAGGACAUCGAUACAUCGGUGGUGCUCUACGGUUGCAGGACACGACAUGCAUCCUCUCGUCAGGCCUGUCUUCACCGCAGCGCUUUACACGUACUUCUUCAUUUUCAGGAUGUUCGUUUGAAAGUCGAAUUUGAAAGAUCUUCCUCCAGAGCUUGUAUUAUACUCAGUUCCUUCUUAGAUUACGUAUGCAACACCUUGCUAUAAAAUCACCAAUCUCAGG